CCAUUUCCCAAGGUCCCCCGCGCUAAGGGGAGGGCAGGAGGUUGGCAGGGUUGGGUUCUCCCUGGGAGACGGCGUCGCCUUCUCCCUUAACAGAGCUGGGCGCGCCGCCGCGGGGAUUUGCUGUGGAAAUCUAGGUUUUCAACAUGAAUAAAGAUGCGCAGAUGAGAGCAACUAUUAACCAAAAACUAAUAGAAACAGGAGAGCGAGAACGCCUUAAAGAGCUGCUGAGAGCCAAAUUAAUUGAAUGUGGCUGGAAGGAUCAGUUGAAGGCACACUGUAAAGAUGUAAUCAAAGAAAAGGGGUUAGAGCAUGUUACUGUUGAUGACUUGGUGGCAGAAAUCACUCCCAAAGGUAGAGCCUUGGUACCGGACAGUGUAAAGAAAGAACUCCUACAAAGAAUAAGAACCUUCCUUGCCCAGCAUGCCAGUCUUUAAGAUUGACAUUAAUUCUGAGUACCAUAUUUUUGUGUUUCUGUAUUAUGUAAGUCAUGACAGAAAUUGGAAUACAUUUUUCGUUUUAGAAUUUAAGUUCAUUUUUGUAUGAUUAGUUACAAGUUUUUCAUUAUGCUGCAUUAAUUUCUUAAACUUGCAGUUUUAAUUAAAAAAAACAACUUUUGUGGUU